AUGCGAUCCACAAAUCUUCGCCUUCCGGCGCUUCUCCUUGUCAUUUACUGCCUAGGUGGACAAGCUCUGGCGCAAGUCAAUCUCGGUACCGCAGCCCCAUUCGGCGUCAUCGCAAGCUCAGCUAUCACCAACACUGGUGCUACCGUUGUUGACGGUCAGCUUGGCAUCUAUCCUAAAACCGAAAGCGAAAUUACUGGAUUUCCACCUGGGAUAUCAGGUGAUGUCAAUGCCAACAAUGCUGUCGCAGAUCAAGCUCGUCAAGACGCCCAGACCGCUUACAACGCUGCUGCUUCUCUAGCUUCGACUGGCCAGAAUGGACAGGACAUUGGUGGCCAAAUUCUCGUUGCUGGGACUUAUACCUCCUCCUCGUCUGUAGCCAUCACCGGGCCGCUUACACUUGACGGCCAGAACAAUCCAGAUGCACUCUUUGUGUUCCAAAUCGGAUCCACUCUUACCACCGCGACAUCGUCGUCCGUUGUGCUCGUCAACGGUGCGCAAGCGUGCAACGUGUUCUGGCAGGUCGGCUCUUCAGCCACACUUGGCACGUCAACCGUCUUCACUGGCAACAUUCUCGCCCUAACCUCAAUUUCGUUGAAUGAAGGUGUCACUGUCGCUGGUGGUCUAUAUGCAUUGAACGGCGCUGUCACGCUCAUCAACGAUCAGGUCACAGCACAGCAG